AUGAACUAUGACGUCCUCCCGAGCUCUGGAACUGUCUUGAACAUCAAUGUCGCUGCUAGUAACAUCAUAUAUAAUGUUACUGCCAACGACACGAUCCACACAGUCGCCAACAAAUACGGUGUCGGUGCCUGUGACCUGGCCCGACUCAACGUGCUAGCCGACCCAAACUUCCUCUAUGUGAACGAGACGUUGCGCAUUCCCGCCCAUGCCACGUUCCCAGACGACUACUCUUGUUUCAGCACGAACAACACCAACACAACAGCGGACUGUAUCUACGGCGGCCCUCACGUGUACACUAUCCUUCCUGGGGACACUAUCCAGAAGAUUGCCAAUGAACGCUUCAAUAUCACCACCGAGUCCAUUCUUAGCUUUGGUGCUCAAACAGGAUACAUUGCAGCCCUGAACCCCGGGAUCUAUGACGUGCUCCAGACUGGAGAGACAGUAAAGAUCCCCACUUGCGCUAAUACAGCUUGCACCAUGACGGACUUUACGUUUACUUAUGGUACCCUCCAGGACUUUGCGACUGCGUACAAUGUAACGGUUGGUCAACUCAUGUCUUUGAACUUGGGCUAUAACCACACGGAUUAUAUCGCUCCCCUCGGGGUUGUAUAUGACUGCUCGAUUCUCGAGUGA